GUACUGUGUGCCAUCAACAAUCGGCCAAUAAUCGAAUCUUCUCCGUCGUAAAAGUCAGACGUAACACUUAUCAUGGGCAGCACAGAUGUCAAUGCUCCGCUGAUACCUAUUAAUUGUAUUAUCGAACCAUCAACCCUACGUCCAGGGUCUCUUGUAUCAGCUAAAGCGACCGGUCUCGUUACCGCUGUAGAUUAAGGCCACGAGGUACAGUCGAACGUACAAAUCACAGUCUUUGCUGCAUUAUUGCAGCGUCACGAUGGCGAUGAAGAAAGUCAUGCUCUUGGGUGCAGACGGCACACUUGGACCGUCCAUGCUCAACGCUCUACUAGCCCACGACUUCGACGUUACAGUGUUGAAACGUGAAGGAUCCAGGUCUCUAGACAACUACCCACCCAAUGUCAAGGUAGCAAGAGUACACGACGACAUGCCCAUCCACUCUCUCACGACUGCGCUCAAAGGCCAAGACGCUCUAAUCGCCACCAUUAAGGGCAGCCAAACAGAGGUCCAGAAACGUCUCGCAGACGCCUGCGUUGCAUCAGGAGUCCACCGUUUCAUCCCAGCCGACUUCGGGUCAUGCGACUCCUCAAGUCCGCUAACGCAGGAGCUGGUGCCACUGUACAAGCACAAGGCCGAAUUACGAGAGUACCUCACUCAACUUGCCACCUCUCACGAAUCCUUCAGCUGGACAAGUCUAGUCUGCGGCCACUUCUUCGACUGGGAUCCCGCCUUCAUCCACCUUUGGCCUCAAGAACACCGUGCCGACAUCUUGGACGACGGAGAGAAGAAGUUCUCGAUCAGCACGCUCUCUCGUGUUGGCGAAGCUACGGCGCGGAUCCUGCAGCAUGCCGACGAGACGGCGAACCAGAUGUUGUACGUGCAGAGCUUUUGUGUGACGCAGAAUGAGAUUAUUAGUGCGUUCGAGAAGGCGACGAAUAGCAAGUGGCAUAUUUCGAGCUUGGAGGCGGAGAAAUAUAAGGUUGAGCAGAAGGCUAAAGCUGAUGCGGGCGACAAGGAUGCUGUCGAGCACUUGGUGUGGUACCUUGGUACUGUUGAUGCCGACUGGACUCGUAACGAAGGCUUCGCGAUGCAGAUGCUUGGUCUGCAGGACGAAGACCUGCAUGAAGUGGUGUCGAAGAUGGUCAAGCAGUCAUCAUAAUUCGACAUGACAGUGCAACUAAAUCUGGCGACCAAGCCCAGCGUCACAUAGCCUUGACAGGCGGCAAAUGGACGUCAGAGUGGCGUACGCCGCUGAGAGCCUAUUCGAGCGGUCCAGAAUAUUGGACCUCCUCACAGGGGCCGAUGUGUUAAGCAUAACUACCUAUCUUCACUAUAUGCCUGGAGACGCAAUAUAUCGGAGUAGGACAAUAGGCAGCAAAGGCUACUGCCGAUGGCAUCAUCUACCAGCUUCGAUAC